AUGAAGAUUUUCUUCUUUCUUUGGCUGUUUAGCCUUCUCCUACCGGCAACUCAAGCAGAGAACCCCAAUUCAAACCAUCAAUCUGAUGCCCAGACUAUAGCAGCCUUCGCCGAGAAAGGCUGGUGUUUUAACUAUGGCGGUUUCUGGCAAUCUGAAAAUACGUUGGCCCCCUGCAGGAAGUACUGUGAAACUCAUCAGUCUGGGCCAUUAAAUGAUAUUUCGUGUCUUUCUUUUGGUGUUUCCUUUCAACAAAUGAAGGAAAUGGGCCUCUCUUAUAUAGACGAUAGCGGUCAUGAAUUCGUGACUGGAGAAUGCAGAUGUGAUCUUGACGGACUUGGAAAAGUCAUCAUAGAUACCCUUGUGUCCGGGCUUUCGCGCCUAGAUGAUAUUCUAUGCGGCGUCCUCGUGACUACUUUCGAGACCAUCCUGGACGCUGGGCUUGUGGCUCUGCCAGUCGGUCAAAUCAAGAGACUCGAGACCUUCAUCAGAGCUGCCAAAACCGUGGCUGAGAACGGACUAGAUGCAGGUGUAUUUUUUGGCAGUUGGGCCAACCCCAUUUGCGGCAAGGGCUGGGAUAAACCCUCAGAAGACCAUGUCUUCGCUGAAUUGGCUCAAGCGCCACAUGAAUAUGGAAGCAGUUUGGGAUGCAAGAGAAUGGAAGGUUGCCCCGAAUCUCAUAACCAACGCAGAGGGUUAGAUAAGGAUGUGCGUGGAUUAUUUGGUAAAGGCGGAGGACGGAAGGGCGGCGGAAAGUCUGGUUCAGGGAAACCAGGUGAUAAAAAUGGCUCUAAUCCCAAGAACGAGUCUAAACCGGCCGACAAGCCCACUGACAAGCCUAAAUCGGAUGAUAAGCCGAAAUCAACUACCAAAGAGGAACCAAAAUCUACUACGAAGGACAAGCCGACCACCACAGAGGAAAAACCGAAAGAGACAACCACCAAUAAACCGAAUUCUACCACCAGGGAUAAGCCAACUACGAAAACCAACGAUGCACCAACGACAACAUCGAGACCUAAGUCUGCAACCUCGACCCACAGCAAGCCAACGUCUGAUAGCGAGACACACCCUAUUUCACCUACUACGAGCCACUCUAGGUCAACAUCUAAAGAUGGUAACGCCGGGACAUCAUCCACAAUAAAGCCUGGACCAACCACUACAGAUCGCCCUGGUGUUUCUUCUACGAGCUCCCACAAAUCUAGCUCGACCAAGCAUAGUAGCACCCAGGUAUCAUCAACUACAACUCAGGGGCGGCCAACCACUUCUCCAAUCUGUAAGCCUGGAAAAGGAGUUGGUGGGUGCUCAGCAUGUUCCAAUGUACAAGCAUGGCCGCCAGGAUAUUUCAAAGACGAGGAUAGAGGUGAAGAAGAUGAUGAAGAAGUUUCACACCUUGCAAUCAGAGGAACCGGUUUCUUUGGGUGGGAAUCUCAUUCAUUGGAGAGAAGGGCAAAGAAGUCUACAACUUCGACAAGCACUCCAAGCUCAACGAGCGGAAGUCUAACUGCAACUAGCAGUACCUCAACACAAACAAGCAUACCCCCUCCUCCGGUUUUUAAACCGAGCAAAAAUGGAAAAAAGGUGCAGUUCUGUGACUUGGUUACCAACACGGCACCUUAUCCUGGUCCUGCUAAACUAAUAGGGAACAAGAAUGUUGGGACGAAUGUUAUUUUUGCCCUGAAAAACCCAAAAGAGUGUGGGGAUUUUGAAAUCCGAAGACGUCUGAACUCACUCUAUAAGACCGAUUAUAAAAUGUUAAAUUCCCCAAAGCACGACCCCAAUUAUGGGCUUGCAACCGAACAUGUCUUGGAAACUCAGCUUAUUAGCCUCUUCUCUGAGGAAAUAUCUAAACAAGCAGGGAAGAGAUUUAUUGACCCUUCUGACAAAUCAGGUAGCAAAAUGGUGGACUUUUGCACGUACAUGACAGCUUACUGGGCCGACAGCAACAAGAACUUCCUCCCAGAGAUUGGGGGAGUUUCUAAACUUGGUGUACAAUGGAUUGCAGAUCAAUUCCCUAUCACCAAAAGCUGGGUGGAUGAAUUCUUUUUACUUCCUGGUGCACCAAAUGGGAUCAAAGGAAGAGCAUGGGGUAACGAUAAAAUUUUUGUCGAUGACAUGAAGAACUCAGUCAACAACAGAGAUUUUCUCACAAAGAAUAUGCUUCAAGAAUCAGAAUUAGUCAAGGCUAUUAUCAGAUUCAAAGAUGUCAUGUUCGCUUAUAAGUAUAUGGCUAUGAAGGAUGUCGGAACCGUGUUCAAUAAACAAGUACAACGGAUUUCGAAUAUUCUCACGGAACUUGACGAAGCAACCGCAAACAUUAAAUUUGAAAAGAAAUCCACAACAGUUUUCCACGAUUACGUGCCUCAGGGCCUUGGAAAGCAAUGGGACAAAUGGAUAAAAGAGCGCACUGAAGCUACCAUCAAAAAGACUGAGAUGUUUUUUGAUGACCAGUAUGGCCAUUAUACCAAAGCUCGUGCUGAAUUGGAAAAGGAGCUUAAGGCAGCAAUCAAGUCUGCAGAGGACGAGGAGAAAAAGAACAAGAGCAAGAAAUUGAAUGCUCAGCAGCUAAAGGACGCCGAUGCAAAGAAAAAAGAGCAUGAGGCACGAAAAGAAAGAUACGAAACUGUUAUUAAGUACCUUCAAAACCUGGAGAAGUCAUACACAAGUAUGAAGAAGUGGAAGAACCCACUGUAG